AUGUCAAAGCCGGCGGUGGUGCUUAAAAACGACUUCGGAAAGUCGAAAAACUUCAAGGCGAAUGCGUACGAGCGUGAAAUCGACUAUUAUCGCCGGAUGCGUUAUUCUUCACCCAAUCGCCUCUACAUUGUGGACGGUAUGCAUCUUCGUCUGUUUCCUCAACACUAGCCAGAUGAAGGAAAUCCAAGUCGUUCUUAUAAUCUACAAAAGGAAAAGAAAAAAGAAAAAAAUUAUUGAUUCUGCAUUUUUAUACAGUUAUACAGUGACAGAAGCCAGCUCAAAAAAAUGCUUCUCGAGUUUUUUUAAAAAAAUCAAGCUCAAAAAUUUUUUUGUUCCACUUUUUUUCUUUUUACUAAGUUAAUAUUGUGACAAUCCUGACUCUCAAAAAAAUGCGCUGUUUUUUUCUGUUUCAAAAAUUAUUCUUAAGUAUCUGAUAGAAGGAAGGAAAAUAUUUUCAAAGCGGAAAAAACGACAUUUAAGAUUUCCCAUUAUGCAUCAUAAAAAAAACAAGAAUUGAGGAAAUUUUUGAUUUUUUUCAUUAGCAAAAUUAAGAGACUUUAUUCUGAUGUUCCUGAAAAAAAGCAUUCCGAAGUUUCUACUGACCUCACUGUCAAUUUCAACAAAGAUAAUGAAAAAAAAUAUUCUCUAUGAUUCAUAAAUGUGAAAAAAAUCAGGAAGUUUAAUUAUUGUUCGUCAAUGCUACUCAGUUUUUCAGAAAACCAUCAAAAUAACAUUUCUAAAUCUUUUCGACUUGUUUACUUUUACCAUAAUAUGUUCAGUAGACCAUGAAAAAUGGCAUUUCAGCUUGUAAAAAAAUAUUUUGCACAGCCUUUCUAAUUUUUUUCAACCUGAUGUUUUGUCGAACAAGAAGAAGUGUAUGUAUUAAUAAAACUGAAGAUAAAUUUCGAAAGAUUUACAAAAAUUGACGGCUGGCAAAAAAUAUUAUGGCUCAUUGAAAAUCGAGUGUUUCCGGGAGAAAACUAGAAAAAAACUUUUGUGAAAUUACGAAAUUAGUUCAGUUUUAUGAUUUUUUUAGAAAUUUUUAAUUACUGUUCGAGAAUCUUUUUGCGUCAAUUUUUUUGGGUUUUUUUAUUGAGUAAAUAGCCCAAUUUCUAUAUGAUCUAUUUUCCACAGUUUGAGGUGCUUUAGUUUAACAUUUAUUGCUUUUAACUGAUAUUCCUUAUUCGGAUUUCAAAUCGUCAACUUUUGGAAGUAAAAAACUGUUCCCUCAUCACCUAAUAGCUAAGGGCAAUAAGUCGGAAAAUUUCGAAGGUUCAUCCAUUAUUAUUUUGUUUCUACAUCCUGAGUGAGAAACUUUUGAAGGGUCCCUUUAGAGGGUUUCAUAGGGGCCCCAUGAGCAAUCUCUGAAGGAGGGACUACUCUAUUUUGCCCCAAGAGAUACCUAAAAAGUAUAGGGUUAGGGUUCCUGAAAGAAAUAAACCAUAGGGACCCUAAAACAAAAAAAAUUUUUUUAGAAAACACUCAGAAAUUUCUCAGGAGUGGUAAAAAAAAACCCAUAAAGUUCCUAAAUCAAAAAAAAACCUUAUAGGAGUCCCUCAGAAACUCCUCAGGAGUGAUCGGUCUUCUUUUCCGUUCUUGCCUGAGAUUUAACCCACGCCCGCUAGCCCUGGGCAAACUGGGCGCUUUACUGUUCCUACAUGGAGAAGUAUCUGAUCUUCGGAACUACAUUAUUGGAAGAAGGACAAAAUGAACUACGAGCAACUCUAGGUCAACGCGAUCCUGCAAAUUGACGGUCAAAUGUUCAUUCAUUUCAUGAUUCAGCUGAGAAUCUUGUCUGAAGACUGAAUAAAGUUGUAACUCGUAACAUCCAUUGAUAAGGAAAAUUAUGGCCUUCACCAGCUCCUAAGAUAUCCCUGCCUCGUUUUCAAUUGAUCAAGAACGCUUUUCCGCCACCGGACACAAAAAGCAAAGAGCUGAGGGUUCGGCAUGCCAGCUGUUUUGUGUUUUGGCGUGGGCGGCAGCAUUGGCAUCUUCCAACGAUUGCUACACCCAGGACUCACUUGCUUUCUGUAUUCCGGCAAGUCAGUCGUCUGGAGUCAUGCCGAGUGACGUCGCCUUCCGCGCGCGGACGCCCGUCGUCCUACCGCGUUCUCGAUCUCUUGACCGCAUCGGAAAUGUCGGCACUCUCUCCAGGUGAGCUGGUUUUUUUGUCCAGAAAUAAAACUGACGGAGAACCUUUUUUUUAUAUUGGAACUUCAAAAUUCUAAAUCUCAAGUUAUUAUUCAGUAAAAAAAGCAAAAUUGAAGAAAUCAUUUUUUUGAAUUUUUGAAUAAAAAAAUGUUCGUUCAGCUUAACAUUGAAGGUUAAAAAGAUUUUUUUCGAAGUUUCGAGCACAUUUCAUACAGCAACGAGGAAAAAAAUUUUUGGUAUUAACAUUUUUGAGAAUCUUUAUUUACAGCGUGAGAAAAAGUUAUUGAACUCUACUUUUCCAGUUCAAAAGAAAUUGAAAUAUUAGUCUUGAAUUUCCUGAUUUUUUUCAAUGUUUCUCUAAACUUUUUUUCAAAUUUUUUUGAAUUCAGAGUGACAUCCGUGCCGAACAUCUCGACGAUGAGAGUCGGUUCAAAUUACCGUUCAUCCACCUUGAACCGCUACCGUCGCGACUUUGACAUGGUUUUUUUAGAUGAAUAUCACUCUCCUUGCAUUAGAAUGAAUCACAAACGGCUAAUAUGAAAGAAAAAUAGCUGAUAAAAAACUUUGUGUAAUCUUCAACGCCCUCCAUGUGCUCUGUUGAGCUCUGGAGGUGUAACAGGCGGCGAUUACCGCGAUUGUUUUCUCGGAAAACGAGCUGGCUUGUUUUUUGCUUUUUCAAAAUCAAUCUGUUCUUUUUAUAACUCACAAUAAGUUUCUUGAGAACUAUUUUUACAUGAUCCCAUCACCUUCAUCAGAUUAUUUGUAUGCAAAAGAGAACAAAAAUCAUGAAAACUUUCGAUAAUUGAAACUUUCCAGCUCGACGACUACAACAUCGAUCGAUACACUUUCUACACUCCGUUCUACUGGGAAACGUACAGAUUCGCAGCCAGACGUCAACUCCAAACUGAUCCUAUCCCCAACUCUCUCGGACAUGAAUACGCUCCUUUCUGGUGAUUUUAUUGAAACAGAAUCAUAAUCCACGAAAGUUUCAGGUCUCGCUACAAGUGGUACACUGAUUGGUUGAACCCGACCUACUGGCGCCGGUAUCGCGACCCCAACUACGACCGCCCGCUGUGGAACAACGCCAGACCGUGGCAACUUGACAAGUUUGUUUAGCAGCAAUCUUAAGCUUUAAAAAAUUCAAAAAAAAUAAAAUAGAAAGAGUCAUCACUUGUCCCAUGAGAAAAAAACUUUUAAACUGCUGUAUUUUUUCAAGGAAAAUUUUAAAGAAGGAUAUUUUGUAGAAAUUAUACUAUGAACAUGAUAAUUUCCUCUAUUUUCCGCAAAAGAAAAAAACUUUAUGGUCGCAAUUGAAAUGGCUUGAAACAGCGAUCUGCAUUUUCACCAUUUUCAAAUUUUUUCAGAGAUCUAUUAACAAAAUCUGUGAUUUCUGACGUUUUUUUCACGGAGUCGGCACAAAUCGAUUUUCCAGAAUCCAAAUAAUUCAAAAAUGUUUAAUCGUUCAAGUUUUUAACUGUCAAAUUUAAUUGGUUUCAAGAAGGUUUUUGGUUUUUUUUUUCUUUUUUCAAUCGGAAGUUUGUAGAGCCUUUAGAUUUCCUUCAACCGAUUCACGGAAAUUUGAAUCGCCUGACUCAUUCAGCUUUCUCUCUUAAUAUUUUUGUAAACUUUUUGUGUUCAUGAAUUUUCAAGCUUGAAACCAAACCAUUUUGACAUUAAUCCUAACACUUGAUGCCCUUAUUUUUAGUGUGAACGUGAAGGGAGCCAUCGACCUCUACCGUAACGGCGUGAUCGACUUCAAGACUCUCGACAAGAAAUGGAUCGAGCCAAGAAUUUAUGACCGUCGUGGAAAAGAUUGGGCUGACGUCUACCUGCCGGCUGGUGAGUUCUGAAUCAAUAUCCAUUUCGAUAUUGUAUUAUCUUCCUGACAAAUUAGGUUGACAAUUUACAAGGAAAACCUUUUCACUGCUUUCUAUCAUGUUUUCGGAACUUUAAAGCUCGGAACUUUGAAAAUGAGAAGGGUUUAGAAUUUAGUGGGAGCUAGGAAUAGAUCAAUCAGCGUGAAAGAAGACGUUCUCAAAAUUUGAAUUUCAAAUCCAAAAUAAUCUGAGGAAAUUGAUUAUUUCAGCCCGCUACGGUGCUCACCGCUACUUCUACUCCUGGAACUGA